GCGGCGGCCGGCCGGGCCGGCUGGUCCUCCGGCUGGUCCUCCGGCGGGCAUCCCCCCGCUCGAACCGUCCUUUCCGUCCUGUCCCGUCCGUCCGUCCGUCCGGGGGCAGGAGGGCGACGAGCUACCGGGACUUCCCAGCAGCCUCCGAAGGAGCGGCAGUGGGACCGAGCGCACCGCGCAGCACCGCACCGCCCAGGAGCCUGCCCACUGCUUGUCCGUUGGCAGAAGCCCCCGACUGUGUUCCAUGUCCUCUCACGCAAUGUUUUAUGGGUCUCCGUCCACCAUGUCCCCACCUUCUAAGAGCAAACUGAAGCGUCAGAGCCGACUCUUAUCCCAGGUGCUGUCCCGGACUCUGAGCUACAAGGACCGGAACACAGAGGCCACUUGCCCCAGCCUGGGCGCCAGCGAUGACCCCGCGGAGCUCUCCACCCAGCUGUCAGCUCCAGGCAUCCUGAAGGUGUUUGGGGACAAUGUCUGCUCAGGCACUCACUACAAGAGCGUAUUGGCCACUGGCUCUUCCAGUGCCCAGGAGCUGGUGAAGGAAGCCCUGGAGCGUUACGCACUGAACCCAGUGUCCGCCAGCCAGUACGUCUUGUGCGAUGUGGUGGGGCGAUUUGGAAGCUCAGGCCAGCAAUGGCAGGCAGAGUGCCUCAGGGUCCUGGGGGACAACGAGAAGCCCCUUCUGAUCCAGGAUCUGUGGAAGCCCAAGGAAGGCUUGUCCCGGAGGUUUGAGCUGAGAAAGAGGUCGGAGGUGGAAGAAUUGGCAGCCAGGGAUGUGGACACCAUUACAGCAGGCAUCAAUGCCCAGGCCCGGAAGUUGCAGAGGAACCGAGCAAAGGGGGCCACAACGCUGAUGCCAGGAUGUAAACGCAACUCCACCCCACCCACACUGCGCCGCACGGUCAGCGAGACCAGCCUGAGCUACGCCGGCACCCAGGGAGAGGAGCUAAAACGCCAUUAUUCAACCUUGCCGGAACCCAGCCACAGCCUGGAGGAUUCUGGGGAGGAGCCCCCGGCCCCCGUGGAAGAGAGGAACGGCAACAGCAACAUGCGCUACUCUCUCUACCAGUCCCCACAUCUCCUGCUUUUGCAGGGCUACAGUCAGCAGCAUGAUAGCUUAGUUUAUCUGCUCAACCGUGAGCAGCACACAGUGGGCCAAAGGACUCCCUCCAGCAAGCCCAGCAUCAGUCUUUCAGCCCCGGAUAUCCUGCCCCUCCACUGCACCAUCAGACGGCUCCGCCUGUCCAGCCGCUCUCGGCACUACCAGUCAGAGGAGAGACUCGUCCUGGAGCCCAUCCCCGGAGCCAUCAUCUCUGUUAACUUCUCCGAAGUGGGCAAGGCCACGGUACUCCACCACGGAGAUCUGCUUUCUCUAGGGCUCUACUACCUGCUCCUCUACAAGGACCCAGUGCGAGCCCAGCCCCUGCCCUCCCAGACCCUGGCCCGCCUCAAGGCUGUGCCGCGCCCCUCCGAACCGGCCACCUGCAGGAUGUGUGGCACAGUGCUCAGGGGCAGAGCCCCUCCCUCCUCCAAGCGGCGAGGGGGCUUGCCCAGCCACAAGGCCCCCCGGCGUCAGCUGCACCUGGAGUUUGAGCGGGCGGUGGAGGAUGUGUUGGUGAAGAGGAUCAUGACCUUGAUCGAGCCCGGGGGUGACGACCACAAGCUGACCCCGGCGUUUCUCCUCUGUCUCUGCGUCCAGCAUUCCGCCACCAGCUUUGAGCCGGGAGAGUUUGGGCAGCUGCUACUCAAGUUGACCAAGAUGAUUCAGAGGACCGUCUGGGAGAAAACCAAAGAACUAGCCGAGAAGCAGACUCAGCAUCAAGAUCCUGUCUCUCUAUCCCGGUUUACCAUUGCCGACCUAGUCCCGGACCUGCAGCACAUCCUUUUCUGGAUGUCCAACUCCAUUGAGCUCCUGUACUUUGUCCAGCAGAAAUCCCCACUCUACAUCCAGAAUAUGGAGGAAGAGUUGGAUGUGAAGGGUUCGAAGGAGUCACUGUUUUCUUCGACCAUCACAGCCAGUGAGGAAGCCAUGACAGUAUUAGAAGAAGUGGUCAUGUACACCUUCCAGCAGUGUUUAUUACAUCUCAAGAAGACUCUCGCUGUAUGUCUCCCUGCUGUCCUGCUGGAGUGUAACCCUUUCCAUCCGGAGGCCGAGAAGGCUGGUGCCAGCCCUCAGCUGCCCGAGGAGAUCCAUCGCAUCGUGUCCAUCUACCAGGCCACCCUGGACCUUCUGCGGCAGUACGAAGUCCACCCAGAGAUCACCUCCCAGAUGUUUGCCUACCUCUUCUCUUUCCAACACGCUGCUGUUCAACAGAUCCUGGACAAAGGGCCUGCCCUGAGCUGCUUCCACUGGCCGAAGGGGGUGCAGGUGUGUGCCCACCUGCGACAGCUCCUGGAAUGGGUGCAGCGGAUGGGCUUCGGGCCCCUGGCGGAGCAAUUCUUCAGGAAGCUCUCCUGCACUACCAACCUGUUGGCCACACCAAGUGCCCAGCUGGUGCAGAUGUCCUGGUCAUCCCUGCGGGCCGAAUUCCCGGCCCUGAACCCUGCCCAGCUCCACCGGCUGUUGACUCAGUACCAGCUGGCAUUCGACAUGGGCUCCAUGAAUGCCUGGAGCCCGGAGAGGAAGCAACCCGGCGGCCUUCAGAACAGAGACGUCCUGGAGUCGUAUGAUAAUCACCACCCAUUCGUCCUGCCAAGUGCAGGGUUCAAGGUAGACUUGGAAGUGGACUACCUGGAUGACAACAUCUUACCGGCACCUCCUGUACAUCGCCACUUCCUGUGGAGCCUGCAGAGCAAAGACCCACACGCCAGCGCCCUCCCCGAGGUCCACGCCUCACGGUGCCUGAAGGGAGCACAGAGGACUGGGGGCGCCUGGGGAGGCAGGAAUGGAGCUGGGACCCUCACCCUUGCUGCUAAUGGGCCCCCCCCGGCUCGACCACCAGGGAGCCCUACCCAAGAGAAGCUGAAGCUGCAGAGUGGCCUGGGCCGGAGUGGGCCCAGAGCAAGCUCCCUGCAGGCGGAUUCCUCCUGUCUGCUCACUCCCCCCAACACACCGCUCAGCUUCGAGCCCAGGAGCCAGGACUCACCCCAGCCCAGUGGCGACUCUGGGAAAGCCCUCGUGGAGCUGAGAAGGAAUGGCCUGAACACCACCAAACCUGCAGCUCAAGAAGGCGACUCUCCCACCCCGUUUGACUAUCCUACCCCAGCUUCCUCCAGCCGUAGCUCAGCCACGGAUGAUUUCUGCUACGUCUUUGUAGUGGAGUUAGAGAAAGGACCCAUUGGCCUGGGGAUGGGCCUGAUCGAUGGGCUGCACACGCCUCUCAACUCCCCUGGGAUCUACAUCAGGACUUUGAUCCAGAACAGCCCCGCAGCAUCUGAUGGAAGGCUUUCUCUCGGAGACCGGAUCCUCGCUGUCAAUGGCACCAGUUUGAUUGGUGCAGAUUACCAGAGUGCGGUGGACCUGAUCCGAUCUGGUGGAAAGAAGCUGCGGUUUCUGGUUGCCAAGUCUGACCUGGAAAUAACCAAGAAAAUCAGCUCGAGCACCUCUCCCUCCUAGGUGUGUUGCGUGGGGCACCUCCCCAUCUCCUUCCCAGAACGAACUGGCAGUCGGGAGGUGGAGGGGUGUCAGGAAAGCCAUAACUAACCUGGUAUAUGUGGCAUCUGCUUUUUAAGCUGCAUUGUUUGUUGUGUGCUGCAGUCCGUGUUUCAUGCAAAGAGACUGUGCUAGGAAAGAAUAGCAAAGUGCUGUUUAGUGUGGGUGGUUGUUGUUGGCUCCCAUUUGUACAAACUAAACAAUGCAGACAUCAUAUGUGACUCAUCUCAGAGCUGUGAGCACGCAGGUUCAACUCGUGUAGUUUAUCCUGUUAUUGCAGCUCCACUUGUGCCCAGUUGAGAAAGUCCCUCAAUGAAAAGCUGCUCUCUUUAUCCAUUUCUAAAGUCGAUGAUGAGGAUGAUGGAGUGCCCUGUCGAUAAUGACAGGUAAAGCCUGGUCCUGAGACUUCAGGAAUGAGACUCUGCGCCGAAAAAUUGAUUCUAGAGAUAGUGGUUUGCACAGCAUUGCUCAAACUGGCCAGUCCUGUUCUCGCUGGGCACAGGGUGAAACAAGUGAGUAGGUGGGGAGGGACGUGGGACCCAUUUGUGGCCAAAGUGACUGCAGCAGGGUUCUUGCUGGGCCUGUUCAUUUCAUGGCCCAUCCUAAGUAGUUCUUCAAUCAAGGAAAUGAAACCAUGGCAAGGGCCAUAGUGGGCAGAACUGGGAUUAGAACCCAGGUCUCCUGCUUGGCAGAGUAGUGCUCACACACCAAAGUUCACUCAUGUUGUAGCAUGCUCCAAUGAACCGGCCUGCUCUAAUUCUCCUAAACUGAAAUACCGGCUUCUUGUACUGGCCUCUGAGAUCGGGGACUAGGAAAAAAGGCAGGGCUGUGCCACUACUGGGAAACAGUGCUUUUUCCAUACUGUCGUUCUGGCACCCAAUGAUUCAAAUAUCAGCAAGUUCCCUAGUAGAAGGGUAAAAUGGCACCCGGCUGCAUCCAGAGAGAAACUUACCUAGCACCCGCAGCUCUCCUGAAGGAAGGAAGCUCAAAGCCAGAGAGCCAGCGGCUGAUGGGAUUCUGGCCUUCCUGGUUUAUAAUAAAAGCACACAAAUAACUCUCUACUUUGCUUCCAGGACCCCAGCCUGGGGUUAUCCAGGUGCCUGAGUCAACCAGAUUUCUGGUUCUUAUCCACUGCCAUCAGAAGCUGAGCUUUUUAACAGCUGCCUGGAGCCUGUGAGCUGAGGUAGUGUGAGGUAUUGGAAACCCCUCCCUAUGCAUGAGUCUUGCUUGGCUGCACUGUGGGUGUUACCCUAAGUGCCUUUUCUGGAGAUGUUAAUGGGCAGUGCCAAAUUCAACCUGGCCCCAAAACAAACAUUCCCCUUUUAGGAACUUACUCAUAGCUCAAACUGUUAGUUUGAGAAUUGCCGGCCGGAGAACUGUACUACCGCAAAGCUUUCCAGCCCCUGGGGGGAAGAGCAAAGCGAUGGUACAGCCUUGUGGCCCAGUCCUCUCACUGCAGCCUCCCAGGGAAAGGAUCUGGGUUGCAAACGAGUGAAGCUGAUUAAAAACAAAGCUCGCAUGCCACAGAAAGCAUUUCCUAAAGAUGGCUGUAGCUUUUCUAAAUCUCAAUGCUGCACGUGGCAGAUUGAGUCCCCCGCCUCCCCCUCCUCCCCUCCCACAGUUAAUCUAAAUCUCCAAGUUUCUCUCCAGGUUCCAGGGAGGUCUUUUUAGCAGAGUGAGGAGGAACCAGGCCAGAGCCUUGGGCCCAGAAACCCCACAUCAUUUUCUUUUACAGUGGCAAUUUGUGUCAAAGGCAGGGCAAUGGUGGCACGAGCCAGGGAGACUGACAGGUCUGUGGCUUUGGUCUCUCAGCCUCAUUUCCUCCAAGUUGGGUACCACCCUAUGUUUUUGUUUAUCUGAAUACCAAGUUAAUUCCACAAUGUAAAUGAAUCUUCGUUAACUGACUUGUCAAGUUCCACUUUGGAGGGGUCACUACCAGCAAGAAACUUGAUAGAUGUUUCCUCAUUAUUCUUGUUAAUAUUGUACAUCUUAUUGUGGAUAAAAUUAUAUCUGAAAUGUAACACUAAAUGGUGCAGAUCUGUUACAGACCUUAUAUGUUUAAAAAUGAGUAAAGAAGAAACCAGUUAUAAUAAAGUAUUUACUUUCUUAUGCUUA